CCACGUCAAGUCGGAUUUUCGAUGAUGAUGGCAGCAGCUGUGCGGGAAAGAAACGAGUUUUAACAGCGAGUGAACUGGAAAUGAUUUAACCUCCGGAAGAUGCCGGGUGGAGUUUUGCGUCCUGCACUUUGAUACAGAGAAGGUCUGUCUGAUCCCAGGAUGUCUUGGUUGGUUGACUUAGCCGGCCGAGCCGAGGAUUUUCUGAACAAAGUGGAUCAGGGAGCUGCCAGUGCUCUGACCAAACACUCGAGCCACAGUUCCUCCUCGGCGUCAUUCGAGCCUCCGGAGCCUGAUUUAACUCCGAACAGCGCUCCGUACGAGUCCCGUCACGAGACGCACGGCUUCGUCUCUGCUGCUGCCGAGAACAUUAAGAAAUCCAAAGCCACCGUGUUAGCAGGCACAGCGAAUGUGUCCAGUACAACUCCUCUGGGUUCAGUUGUUGGCAGCGGCGGUGCGGUCAAAGCUUCAUCCAGCUUCGUGAGGCCCAGACGACCUGAAGUGGACGAUGAGCUGCUGUUCAACUUCCUGAACAGCUCUGACCCACCACAGAGCGACAGGAAGGAGGUGAGGAGAGACCCAGUGGUCCGGACGAACGGCGAGGCUGAAGGAUCGGCUCAGGGGCAGGCGAGGGUCGCAUCUGCCCCAGCUACUCCUGCUUCGACACAGGCUCUGUCUCGAAACUCCAGCCUCAGCUCCCUCGCCGCGAGCACACACAGCGCCAAGACCGAGAACGAGUCCACUCGAGAUGGAAGCCAAGGUGAUGCCACGGAGAGCUCAGAUUCAGGCCUGGCGGUAGCAGCAACACCAAAUGUUCCAGCUGUGGUGGAGUCGAGCUCAGCUCAGGAGGAGCAGCUCAGUCAGGUGGUGUCUGGUCUACGUUUGGAGAACCAGCUCCUGCGCAGUGAAGUGUCCUCACUCAACCAGGAGAUGGCGUCACUUGUCCAGAGAGCCAAGGACACGCAGGACGAGCUGAACCAGGCCCGAUCUCGUGCCGAGAAGUGGAACGCGGAACAGAGUCGCUCGGACCGCGUGGUCAGGGAGUUCAGGGCGCAGGUUGAUGACCUCACACAGGCUCUGACAGCCAAGGACGCUCAGCUGGCCGUGCUCAGGGUGCGACUGGACGAGGCGGAUCAGUUACUGAAGGCCAGAAGCUCGGCCCUGGAGGAGGUUCAGAGCGAGAGGACCAGGAUCAUGCAGGACCACAGCGAGGGGAACAGUCUCCACUCUCAGGCUCUACAGACGCUGCAGGAGCGACUCCGAGAGGCCGAGACGGCUCUGAACAGAGAGCAGGACAGCUACAGACAGAUGCAGAGUGAGUUUGCGGCACGGCUGGCGAGGACCGAGGCGGAGCGGCAGACGUUGGCUGAGUCGUUGACGGGCGCCGAGCGAAGAGCGAUGGAAGAGAGACAGAGAGCCGAGGAGCUCCAGCAGCAGGCCAAAGCCGCCCGAGCUGCAGCCGAUUACGCCAAACAGGAGCUGCACGACUACAAAAAUAAAGCCUCACGCAUCCUCCAGUCCAAAGAGAAGCUGAUUAGCAGUUUGAAGGAGGGCUCGGCUUUGGAGGUGCUGGACGCCGGAGGAACAGCCGAAGUCGAACUGGAGGAGUUACGGCACGAGAAGGAGCUCCAGAAGGAGGAGAUCCAGAAACUCCAGGCUCAGAUGCAGAGCCUUCGUUCAGAAAUACAGGAGCUGGAGAACCAGGCUGUGGUGGAUGCAGAGAGCUGGAGAGAGCAGCAGCUGGAGCUCCAGGAGCAAAACUCUCAACAGAGCCGACAGAAACAAGAGAUGGAGGCUGAACUGGAGCGUUGCAAACAGGAGCUGCAUUACGUGGAGGAUGAACACCAUCGCACGAAAAGCACCCUGCAGAGUCGCAUCAAAGACAGAGAGGAUGAGAUCCAGAAACUCAGGAACCAGCUGACCAAUAAGGCUCUGAGCAAUAGCAGCCAAGCAGAGCUCGAAGGCCGUCUGCAUCAGCUCACUGAGACUCUGAUCCAGAAACAGACCAUGCUGGAGGCUCUGGGCACGGAGAAGAGUUCACUGGUUUUCCAGCUGGAGCGGCUUGAGCAGCAGCUGAAGAGCAUGCAGGGAGGCCAGAGCGGCGGCUCACACAUCAACAUGGCUGCUGUGGAUGGAGGAGGGGCGAGGCAGAGAAACACACCGGUGCUGUUCAGCGAUCAGGACGGCUCAGAGACAGGUGUGUACGGAAAAGUGCGCAAAGCAGCCAGCACCAUAGAUCGCUUCAGCAUCCGCUUAGGGAUCUUUCUCAGACGUUACCCCAUGGCCAGAGUCUUUGUAAUCAUUUAUAUGGCACUACUGCACCUCUGGGUGAUGAUCGUCCUGCUGACGUACACACCCGAGAUGCACCCACAGUCUCCUCCCGAUGGCAGAUAGAAGACUUUAUUCUGUAUAUGAACUCUGAUUCUCUACAUGUAUAGAAAUUAAGCUAUAUUAUGUGUCACGAGCUGCACAGCAGCAAACGUGCAUUCUGUUUGAACAUUUCAUUUCCUUUUUUUCCUCUCUCAUGCCUUCACUUUUUUGGGGGGUUUGUUUUAUUUUGAAACGAAUCAUCUUCAGAAAAUCAGAAUUGAGUGCGAUAUUUAAAGACAGGAUUCUAUUUAAUUUCUCAUGGAAAAUUUGCAUUUGGUUUUUACUCAUGGCUACGUUUGGAACAACUUGUCUGUAAUUCUUCACUUUGAUUUCUUUUAAUAGGACAUUAAAACAUGAAAAAUGUCAAAGCUGU